AUGUCGGUAUUGUGGACCCCAUUCUCUUCGAAGUCAUUGGACCUAUCGGCCCUAUUAUACUCAGCCCAUCUCCUUCUUCUCUCUGCUCACUCUCUCUCUCUCGUUUUUAAGGAACACACGCGAACACUUUCCAUGGGUCCAUCCGGUCGGAAUCUCCGCCCUGACUGUGCUUCCUCCUCUUCCUCCGCCGCCACCAACUCACCUUUGCGACCAGCAUUCGAUGUACUUGACGUUGAUUGUGAUGGAAAAAUAAGCUACGACGAUCUUCACUCGUUCUACAACAGGUUUUGCCACCAUGACGCCCAAAAACGCGACGUAAUAGGGUCGAUGAUCACGGUGGCGGACACCAACGGAGACGGGUUUGUGGAGUACGAAGAUUUCGAGCGCGUGUUGGAAAUGGGAGGCGGUGGAAAAGCCGCAUGGGAUGGUGGAUUGAUGAUGAAGGAAGUGUUCAGAGUGAUGGACAAGCACGACGGCGACGGCAAGCUUGGCCACAAAGAUCUGAAAAGUUUCCUGGAAUGGGCUGGGAUCGCCGUCACCGAUCAAGACAUCGACGAUAUGAUCGCACUUGGCGGCGGUAACCGAAACGACGGUGUGAGCUUGGAUGGUUUCAUUGGGAUACUAGGUGGCCUUGCAUCUUGA